GACGUACUUGGAGGAGGAGCUGAUAAAGGCCCGGAAAAAGCCAAGCCUGAGGAAGGACAUGUACCAGAAGAUGAUUGAGGUGGACCCUGAGGCCCCCACCGAGGAGGAGAACGUGCUGCGGGCAGUAACCAAGCCCCGCUACAUGCAGUGGAGGGAGACCAUCAGCUCGACCGCCACGCUGGGCUUCAGGAUCGAGGGGAUAAAGAAAGAGGACGGCACUGUGAACCGGGACUUCAAGAAGACGCGGACAAAGGAACAAGUCACGGAGGCCUUCAGGGAGUUCACUAGAGGGAACCGCAACAUUUUGAACAGUUACCUUAACCGGUUGAAGGGUAUUCGUGCUACCCUGGAGACAUCCCCGUUCUUCAAAUGCCACGAGGUGAUCGGGAGCUCCCUCCUCUUCAUUCACGACAAGAAGGAACAGGCCAAAGUCUGGAUGAUUGACUUUGGGAAAACCACCCCGCUGCCGGAGGGACAAGUUCUCCAGCACAACGUGCCCUGGGUGGAAGGGAACAGAGAGGACGGCUACCUCUGGGGGCUGGACAACCUCAUUCAGAUCCUGACAGAGUUGUCCCAGAGCGAAGACUUGCAUUAAAGCUGCGCGUCCAACUCUGCCACUACCCCCAACCUGCCCCCCCGACUGACUCUUCUGAACUGCACUACAAGACACUUUCCAGCCCUCGUCCUUCCCAUUUGAAAGCUAUACUCUCCCUA